CAUUUAUUGCGUGUCAAGGCUGCCAGAUUCCAGGCGAUGAAACAACAUUCGCGGCAGUAUUCUGCCCUCUGGCUCGUGUUCUGCUGGGUUAUUUCCUCGCUACGGUUGUACGGGGCAGUCAACUGCGCGCUACCGCAGCCGCAGCUUCUGGGCAUCCAAAAUGCUACCGCGGUGCCGCUGCCCGUGGUCAUCGAGCUGACGGCAACAACGACCUCAGAUACAUCCAGUCGUUUUAGCUUCGUUGCCGUACAUAAUGCGAGGAACAUGCUGUGUAGAAUCACCAUCGACAUCCCCGGCCGCCAUCGCAUCCUUACGAUUAUAACUACGCCGAAAUCGUCGUGUUCGAGAACCGAUUUUUUUGUUUUCGAUGGGUAUCAGCCUUUGGAGAUGAAUGCAAACGCAAAAUUAGAGCCUCCCGCGUUGGAGUGUCCGAUGAUGACUGAGCCCCACCUUCUGGUAUUUUGGUCUGCUAUGCCCGAAGAUGAAGUUUUGAGAAACCUUCAAGUGAUGACCGCGCUUUCCGACAUCGUUAACUAUCCUGAAGCCGAUUACCAUGUGCGACUGCUCGAAGUUUUACGAGCGGAUCUAGGUGUAGAGCGUAUCGAUGAGAACUGGUACCAAGAGUUUUACGGAGAUACGUAUUACGGUCUUUACUUCAGCACUGCGGACAAAGCUGACAUGGUGCAAGUGAAAGGAGAUGGAUCCUUUCAUGUGGCUCUUGUGGAGGAUUUGUGUCCCAAAUACGCAUUCGAUCUCAAACGUGGCAUGCUAUUGAAUACCAACAUGUUCGCUCUGAAAAAUUUCCUACGCGAGCAGAGUUCACAAUGGUAUCAGGUGCAUACAACGCAGACUCGGCAAGAGUCUGACGCCGACUACACGUUCUUGUUUGACCUUCGUGUCGAUAACAGCGUGUAUAUCUUAUCGUGGAAGCGAGUCUUCUUCGCUACCGAUGCGAUGGAAAUGCUUGGCGUUAUGAUGCAAAGCGAGUGGUAUCGUUUCAAGCUGGACGUACCUGAAAUCCAUGCCGACUUAACUCCAGGUAUGCUGGACCCAGAUCCAGCUUCCAUCAAUGAAAACAUUCAUCGCGCAGCCUUCCUGGGGUCCAGUCGACUGCCUCUUCUGGCGCAUUUGCCGACAGAUUGCCGUUGGUACAAGGGAAAGUUAGAGUUGAAGCGAGUCCGAGAGUUCCACGUGCUGAAGGAAAAUAGCUGGCGGCAGCAAUUGCCUUCAUGCAGUACAGUUGAAGAUGCAGUGAUAAUUCUGAGCUCGCAGGACGGUGUCGAGGAGAGCUCUCUCCGGAAUCACGUACGUCAGCUUCAACAUCGCGUCAAACACUUCAAUCAUACAGUAAUCGUCGUAGGCGCAAGCGUCAAUGGCCCCUUCACAAUAUGGGACGGUAACCACCGCGCUAUUGCAUUGGCACUCACCCAACCGGACAGUCACAUGCUGAUGGUGUACAUUGGUAUUAGUCCCAAGUUUGCGUCGCCACACCGAGGCUCGUUUUACUGUCCUUAA